AUUUCUCUGGUUUAUUUUCAGACAUUUCGCCAUGGAUUUCCUUACUCUCCAACAGCGCUAGCUUACGACCCGGUACAGAAAUUACUAGCAAUAGGUGACAAAUCUGGAACAGUAAGAAUAUUAGGAAGAUUUGGUGUUGACGCUCACGUAAAACACGAAGGAGAAUCCGCAUGUGCUGUGAAUCUAAUCGAAUUUCUGGUGAACGAAGGUAGCCUUGUAACAGCUACUGCCGAUGACACUUUACAUUUAUGGAAUUUUCACACAAAAAUACCAAAAGUAGUACAAAGUCUGAAAUUUCAAAGGGAAAGAAUCAGAAAAACACAUCCUGGUGCUGUUGUUCACUUGUCUGAUAAUCCAUUAGAUCCUAAUAAGUUACUGAUAGGAUUUGAAACAGGUCAAUUAGUUCUGUGGGAUAUGAGAGGAAAAUGCGCAGAACUACGAUGGAUAUCACAGGAGCCUCUUUUAUCGUGUUCCUGGCAUCACGAAGGAAAACAUUUCAUCACAUCUCAUUCUGAUGGAUCUUUGUGUACGUGGCCUUUAAAACUUUCACCUAAACCUCUAGUGCAUGGUUUUCCACAUGCUAAGACAAAUAAAGAUGGAAAAAUAGAAGCAUGCAAUGCAAUUCAAAAAGUGGAAGUUAAAACAAAUAGACUUGGUGAACAAUUUACAAUAUUCUCUGGUGGCCUACCGACCGAAAAAUGUAGUAGUAAGUCUCAUUGCAUAACAGUAUUAGUUCAGGGCAAAUCAACCACAGUAUUAGAAAUGGAACAUCCGGUUAUUGACUUUAUCACGAUUUGUGAAAGUCCAUGGAGUAGUGAUUUACAGGAACCAUAUGCCGUUGCGGUCCUACUGCAAAAUGAUUUAGUAUUGAUAGAUUUGUUAACAACUGGUUAUCCAACGUUUGAAUCGCCUUAUUCUAUGGAUAUACACGAGUCGCCAGUUACUUGUUGUACAUAUUUAGCGGAUUGUCCAUCUGAUUUAGUUCCAGCCUUUUAUUCAGUAGGAAGAAGUGCAUCGAACCGUCGAUCAGGGUAUUCGGAAAGAGAGUGGCCCAUCAACGGAGGAGAAUGGCAACCAACGUCCUGUAGUUAUUCGGAAAUAGUGCUGACUGGCCACCAGGACGGGUCUAUCAAGUUUUGGGACUCAAGUGCUGGAACGUUACAAGUGCUUUAUAAAUUAAAAACGUCUAAAAUAUUCGAAAAAUCUAGAGUGAGAUCGAUGGACGUCAGCGACGACGAUCCGUUAUCCAUAUCGGCGAUAGCAUUAUGUGCCGAGUCGAGGAAACUGUGUAUAGCCACGAAUAGUGGGCACGUAGCGUUAUUUAAAUUUAAAAGAGCGGAAAGCACUGGAGAUAUUGCCGUGCUCGAAAUUCCUAUUUCUUAUGAAAACGCGGUGGAUAACGAUGGCAGUCCCGAGUGUGAAUUUAUUCCAAAGACACUGCCAAAGCAAACCGAUUCUGUAGAAUGCGAAAAGAAGUACAACGGAAUGCUGAAAGUGAAAAGUGGACCACAACGGAAACCACCCGGUUUCCAAGCUCAAUUAGUAUGCAUAACCCCCUGGACCCAUGGUACCCAUCCCGGUCAAAUUACUGCCCUAACCAUUAAUUCCAGUUAUGGAUUAAUGGCAUACGGAAAUGAAUAUGGCUUGGCUGUGGUAGAUAUUGUCCAGAAAAUAUGUUUACUCAAUCUCUCUACUCAAGAGAUAUACGGCUCGUUAGAUAUGUACAUAAAAACGCCACGAAGUCCCAAGCGGUUAGAAAGCGUCCAAUCGAAAGAAGACCAAUUGAGAUCCCCUAGCAUAGAUCAGGUAAGCUCUUUUGAUCUCGUUGAAAACGUGCAUGCAGUACCUACUUGUCGACGAAUAAAUUGCCGAGCUGUGACUCAAUUCUACCUUCAAAACAGUAUUGUGCUACAACUUUGUCUUAUGAUCUUCAUUAUAAAACAAUCAUUCCAUGUAUGCGUUUAUCAAUCCCCUCAACUAGUGUCGGAUUCAAUCUUUGUUGGGGCUGUGCAGGGGUACAAAGUGGUCAAGUUUGGGGGCUUAGAUGUCAGCUUCCAGCUUGCUCUGAUUGACUAGUAAUUUUCACCGCAGCUUGUGAAUUUCCCCAGUUGAAAACAUAAAUUCAAAAUAUUUUAGAUGUAAAUUUUCAAU